GCACGGUCUUGGAAUAAUAAGCAAAUAAGUGCGCGCAGCCGCGAACUGUGUGCAGAUGGCAUCAGUGAGUGUAACCACGCGUCGCCGGGUACCUCCAGCAUCACAGAGGAGACCAGGCGUUUCUGUGACUCCGUAACUCCAGCGAGCAACAAACAGGAGAAGGUCCCAUGCGCAGCUCUCCCACCGGGCUAUGCCUUCCCCUACUCGGGAGGACACAGCAGCGGGGAGCUGCCGGGCGGAGGACGGAGCGGCUCCAGCUGAGAGCCGAGGAGGGGACGGUCGAGGUCUGGUGUGCGCCCUGGAGAUGGAGCUGACGAACCGCAGCCUGUCGAGCAAGAUGGACUGCGUCAGCUGCGACGAGCUGAUCAAUCGAAACUGCGCGGACUCCCCAGAAGUUUCAGUGCCGCUGUCUCCCCUGGGGAAGCGGGUGACUCACAUGGAGGGAGACGACCUGUGCAGGCUGAUAGACAGAAAGUUUCUGAUAGAGGACAAGAAACGCCUCUGCGCGCUGGCUUUGGGCACCGCUCUGGUGGGGAUCUUGCUGAUGAUAAUCCACGCCGAAAUAUGCCCCUAUGUUUACGAACCGGGCUCAAAAGUGUCCUUGGUAAUCAACUGCUCCAUAAGCCUGUCCACUGGGUGUCUCCUAAUCCUCAUCAUAGCCUUCCACUAUAAGGACAUCAGGCUGUUCAUCAUUGAUCACAAGGAGGUGGACUGGAGAAUAGCUAUAACAAGCCACAGGGUUCUUGUCAUCACCCUGGAGCUGUUGGUUUGUGUCAUCCAUCCAGUUGGCUCGUACUGGGAGGUGGACCUCUACGCCAACUCCUCCUCCGCCGCUCCUCUCUGCAUUUCCAGUCACCACGAUAAGGCCCUGCUGGACAUGGAGCUGCUGCUGUCCAUGCUCAUGUUCCUGCGCCUCUACCUGGUCCACAGAGCCAUCCUGCUGCACAGCAAAGUGCUCCUGAGCGCCUCCUACAGGAGCAUAGGCUCGCUCAACAACAUCAACUUCACCUUUCGCUUUGUUCUCAAGGUACUGAUGAACAAACACCCGGCGCGAACGCUGCUGGUGUUUAUCCUGCUUUUCUGGCUCACAGCGUCGUGGAUGCUGACGCUGUGCGAGAGGUAAGAGAGAUGAGUGUGUGUGUGUG